UCUCUCUCUCUCUCUCUCUCUCUCUCUCUCUCUCAAAAAUGUCUAUAAACCACUAGUCUACGGAUCUUCCAGAAACACUCUGGUGACUCAACAGCAACACCCGCUCAUGGAGCCAGUCCCAAAUCAUGUUCCAUCUUCUUCGAAAACCGACCCUUCUUGGAGCCCCGAACUCUAUCAGCAACAACGGGCCUGGCUUAACUCCCACAACUUCCAAGAACCCACGUCCAUGUUCCGCCACCCAAUUAAUAGCCCCAUCGACUUCAACCUCAACCACGACGACAACGAUGACGAUUUCGAUGACCAAAUUCCGGAAAUCCCUGCCCACCAAAAAACAAUCUUAGAGCAAGAAGAAGAACCACAACCAGCCGAUGAAUCCGAAAAAGAACCCCUGUUUGAAAAGCCAUUGACCCCUAGCGACGUCGGAAAGCUCAACCGCCUCGUCAUCCCGAAACAACACGCCGAAAGGUAUUUCCCACUCGGUGGCGACUCGGGCUUGUUGCUGAGCUUCGAGGACGAGUCGGGAAAGUGCUGGCGCUUCCGGUACUCGUAUUGGAACAGUAGCCAGAGCUACGUACUGACAAAAGGGUGGAGCCGCUACGUGAAGGAGAAGCGCCUCGACGCAGGCGACGUCGUUUUGUUUGAACGACACCGGAGUAACGGCGAGCGUUUGUUUAUAGGGUGGAGGCGCCGAGGGGCCGCUGCGCACGAUAGUGGUGGUGACAAUGGGACGUUGGUGGCCGCACAGCACAGUAACACUAGUGGAAGUGGGCCGGGGUGGACCAGAGUGUUCUAUUCUGCGCACCCUUAUCCUACGCCUCAUCAUCAUCAUCAUCAUCCUCUCCCAUACCAACCUGAGUGUCUUCAUGCAGGGUCGCCUAAUCAGAGCCAAAGGACGCCGGCGGGGAGGUCGAGGGUGCUGAGGCUGUUCGGAGUGAACUUGGAGUGCGAGCCCGAGAAGUCCGAGCCAAGCACACCUGACGGCUCGUCUUCGUCGAGCCAGGGUCCAGCCUACCAGCAUCAUUUUUAUAAUCACUAUCAUCAACCAGCUGCUAAUUAUUCUCAUUCACAUCCUGACACUCACAUGGAUAUCACUUUCUCCCAAGAUGUCAACCAGAUGAGAAAUCGCCGAGGAUAAAGAUCUGUGGAUGUGACGCUCUGGAGUUGGAUUGAUUUAUCUAACCUACUUGAAGGGUCCCAAGAAAAAAAGAAAAAAAAAACUAUAUACAGAUACAUAAAAGUUGGAAAUCCCAGAUUUUCAGGCCAUCCAUCCAAAGGCAAAGGGUAAGGGAGGAACCAAGGCGGUGGGAGUGAUGGGAAAGAGACUGCAGGAAUGCAGAUAGGGAAGGAGGGAUGGGGGAAUUUGGGACCCACCAAAAAAAGCUGGGAGUGCUGACGUCACCCAUUGCCAAAUGGGAAAUUUGGGUACGUUGAAAAUCAGGGAAUGUGGAAUCUACUUGCUACUGUCGAGAUUCUGCCUGAGAUUUUUCAGAGGGUCUCAUCAUAAUAAUGGAAGGUUAUGGUGGUGGUGAUGGUGGUGCUCGUGGGUGGGUGGGUGGACUUGAAUAGAUUGGCGACAGCCCGGUUGUACUAGCCCACUCCUCUCCUUCUCUGUAUAUCUGUUUUUUGUUAUCUCCAUCUCCAAGUGUACGUAAACUAGGCUGUCUUGGGUGCUCUAACUGGAAUUUGAACAGUGACAAGCUGAGAGCAUAUUUUUUUUCGUUGUUGAAAAUUCUUGUCGCAACUUGCAAGGACAGAAGACUGGCUAAAUUUUUCUGAACA